AUGUUGCACAAAGCUGUUCUUGCCUUGCUGCUUGUGAUUUGCUCGCAAGUCAUCGCGCAAGAACCUUUCCUUUACUACAACACUUCGAUACCCAUCGGACAAGCGGGUUUCGUGAGAUGGGACACGAACGCGUUCGCCGGACCUGUAAACCUAUGGCUGCAACAGUUGGCACCAAAUGCGUCUGCUCCACAGGUGCCACUGGACUACAGCAACACAAAAGGCUUCUUCCUCUGGUCAGCUGGAUCCAAUUUAACCCCAGGACAAUACUUUUACCAGCUUCAAAGUGUUGGUGGACAGGGCAUCAUAUUCAAAUCAAAUCCGCUUAUGGUCCUCUGUUCUGAAUGCCCCGCCAGCACGAGCUCUCUGCCUCCCUUAACUAGCGGUGCAACUGCUACUGCAACCGGCGCAGACGGCCAACCUACAGCAGGAGUCCUCCCAUCAGAAGUAUACUCUUCAAGCGGAGGUAGUAAGCUUAGUGUAGGAGCUGCCGCUGGAAUCGGCGUCGGAGGUGCUCUUGGGGCCGUUGCAAUAAUAGGACUUGGCUUUUUCCUCUUCAGACGAGCACGCAAGCGGAAACAGAGUCAAAAACAGCCUCCUUCAAACUUUGCUCCGUCGACUCAUCACCCGUCGCUGGCACCUACCUCGCCACCACCACAAUUCUCAUCUCCAUAUAGCCAUCCCCAAGAAGUCAAGACGGGUUAUGGCGACCCUCCUCCAAUGAGCCUAGCUCCUGACUUUGGCCCUGGGCGCAAUGCAUCCCACGAACUCGACUCAGCUGCUCUGGCCGGUAGUCCUCAAACAAGCGCCUACCACUCACAAGCAGCGAGCAUGACCCCCAAACGGAUGCCAUCCCCACUUUCAACAGGCAUCAUUGCACCUCAACCUCGCUCCCCACCUCCCACGCUAACGAGUAGCGGGUUUCAAUAUCAACGUCAACCGCAUGGGCAAGUCUCACCACCAAUUGCAACCGGCCAAAGAACACCCGUGAGCACCCACGAUAGUACCAGUUAUGGCUUUCCUAGCUCUGAGACGUCGCCAAAUCCGGAGAGCGAAGGGUUUCAAUUUCAGACGCCGCAACAGCAAGCUGGAAUGAGCAGUCCUGACAGUCAACAUCGUCUCUACCCUCGGAGGGCAGUAGGGUCUACUGGUACAAGAGGGGUCUCGCAGUGA